AUGACGAAACGCCAGCGCAAUGCAAUCACCGCGAAGGAGAAGCUCCACUGGUUGAAGCUGCAGGACUCGCAGCCCGACCUGUCGAAUCGCGCCCUGGCGAAGCUUGCGAAGGUGCAGCCAUGCCAGAUCCGCGAUUGGAAGAAGAUGAGGGAGCGGCUGGAGGUCGCUUCCAGCUGCCGCCGUCGCCUCAUGGGAGCUGGCUGCAAGUCCAAGUACCCUUUCAUGGAACGGGCGGUCUAUCGCCAGUUCCUGAAGCCCCGGGGGAGGGGGCUCGCCGUUUCGGUCAACAUGCUCCAGAAGUGGAGCGCCAAGUACAUGAAGCACCGGAUGCCCGGGGUCAACUGGUGCGCAUCGUUCCACUGGGCAACUCGUUUCCGCGCGCGCUGGCAUCUGGCGAGGCGGGUGAAGACGAAGAUGGGACAGAAGUUGGCAGCGGCCGCGCGCGGCCCCUCGCUGCCCCGUGGUGGCGCCCUGGGGAGCACGCGCGGCCCCCGCCCUGCUCGUCGCGGCGCCCUGGGGAGCACGCGCGGCCCCCGCCCUUCACGUCGCGGCGCCCUGGGGAGCCGCGCGCGGCCCCUCGCUGCCCCGUGGUGGCGCCCUGGGGGCCGCGCGCCACCCCUGGAGCCGCGCGCGGCCCCUCGCUGCCCCGUGGUGGCGCCCUGGGGAGCACGCGCGGCCCCCGCCCUGCUCGUCGCGGCGCCCUGGGGAGCACGCGCGGCCCCCGCCCUUCACGUCGCGGCGCCCUGGGGAGCCGCGCGCUCGCUGCCCCGUGGUGGCGCCCUGGGGGCCGCGCGCCACCCCUGGAGCCGCGCGCGGCCCCUCGCUGCCCCGUGGUGGCGCCCUGGGGAGCACGCGCGGCCCCCGCCCUGCUCGUCGCGGCGCCCUAGGGAGCACGCGCGGCCCCCGCCCUUCACGUCGCGGCGCCCUGGGGAGCCGCGCGCGGCCCCUCGCUGCCCCGUGGUGGCGCCCUGGGGAGCACGCGCGGCCCCCGCCCUGCUCGUCGCGGCGCCCUGGGGAGCACGCGCGGCCCCCGCCCUUCACGUCGCGGCGCCCUGGGGAGCCGCGCGCGGCCCCUCGCUGCCCCGUGGUGGCGCCCUGGGGGCCGCGCGCCACCCCUGGAGCCGCGCGCGGCCCCUCGCUGCCCCGUGGUGGCGCCCUGGGGAGCACGCGCGGCCCCCGCCCUGCUCGUCGCGGUGCCCUGGGGAGCACGCGUGGCCCCCGCCCUUCACGUCGCGGCGCCCUGGGGAGCCGCGCGUGGCCCCUCGCUGCCCCGUGGUGGCGCCCUGGGGGCCGCGCGCCACCCCUGGAGCCGCGCGCGGCCCCUCGCUGCCCCGUGGUGGCGCCCUGGGGAGCACGCGCGGCCCCCGCCCUGCUCGUCGCGGCGCCCUGGGGAGCACGCGCGGCCCCCGCCCUUCACGUCGCGGCGCCCUGGGGAGCCGCGCGCGGCCCCUCGCUGCCCCGUGGUGGCGCCCUGGGGGCCGCGCGCCACCCCUGGAGCCGCGCGCGGCCCCUCGCUGCCCCGUGGUGGCGCCCUGGGGAGCACGCGCGGCCCCCGCCCUGCUCGUCGCGGCGCCCUGGGGAGCACUCGUGGCCCCCGCCCUUCACGUUGCGGCGCCCUGGGGAGCCACGCGCGGCCCCUCGCUGCCCCGUGGUGGCGCCCUGGGGGCCGCGCGCCACCCUUGGAGCCGCGCGCGGCCCCUCGCUGCCCCGUGGUGGCGCCCUGGGGAGCACGCGCGGCCCCCGCCCUGCUCGUCGCGGGGCCCUGGGGAGCACGCGCGGCCCCCGCCCUUCACGUCGCGGCGCCCUGGGGAGCCGCGCGCGGCCCCUCGCUGCCCCGUGGUGGCGCCCUGGGGGCCGCGCGCCACCCCUGGAGCCGCGCGCGGCCCCUCGCUGCCCCGUGGUGGCGCCCUGGGGAGCACGCGCGGCCCCCGCCCUGCUCGUCGCGGCGCCCUGGGGAGCACGCGCGGCCCCCGCCCUUCACGUCGCGGCGCCCUGGGGAGCCGCGCGCGGCCCCUCGCUGCCCCGUGGUGGCGCCCUGGGGGCCGCGCGCCACCCCUGGAGCCGCGCGCGGCCCCUCGCUGCCCCGUGGUGGCGCCCUGGGGAGCACGCGCGGCCCCCGCCCUGCUCGUCGCGGCGCCCUGGGGAGCACGCGCGGCCCCCGCCCUUCACGUCGCGGCGCCCUGGGGAGCCGCGCGCGGCCCCUCGCUGCCCCGUGGUGGCGCCCUGGGGGCCGCGCGCCACCCCUGGAGCCGCGCGCGGCCCCUCGCUGCCCCGUGGUGGCGCCCUGGGGAGCACGCGCGGCCCCCGCCCUGCUCGUCGCGGCGCCCUGGGGAGCACGCGCGGCCCCCGCCCUUCACGUCGCGGCGCCCUGGGGAGCCGCGCGCGGCCCCUCGCUGCCCCGUGGUGGCGCCCUGGGGGCCGCGCGCCACCCCUGGAGCCGCGCGCGGCCCCUCGCUGCCCCGUGGUGGCGCCCUGGGGAGCACGCGCGGCCCCCGCCCUGCUCGUCGCGGCGCCCUGGGGAGCACUCGUGGCCCCCGCCCUUCACGUCGCGGCGCCCUAGGGAGCCGCGCGCGGCCCCUCGCUGCCCCGUGGUGGCGCCCUGGGGGCCGCGCGCCACCCGUGGAGCCGCGCGCGGCCCCUCGCUGCCCCGUGGUGACGCCCUGGGGAGCACGCGCGGCCCCCGCCCUGCUCGUCACGGCGCCCUGGGGAGCACGCGCGGCCCCCGCCCUUCACGUCGCGGCGCCCUGGGGAGCCGCGCGCGGCCCCUCGCUGCCCCGUGGUGGCGCCCUAGGGGCCGCGCGCCACCCCUGGAGCCGCGCGCGGCCCCUCGCUGCCCCGUGGUGGCGCCCUGGGGAGCACGCGCGGCCCCCGCCCUGCUCGUCGCGGCGCCCUGGGGAGCACGCGCGGCCCCCGCCCUUCACGUCGCGGCGCCCUGGGGAGCCGCGCGCGGCCCCUCGCUGCCCCGUGGUGGCGCCCUGGGGUCGCGCGCCACCCCUGGAGCCGCGCGCGGCCCCUCGCUGCCCCGUGGUGGCGCCCUGGGGAGCACGCGCGGCCCCCGCCCUGCUCGUCGCGGCGCCCUGGGGAGCACGCGCGGCCCCCGCCCUUCACGUCGCGGCGCCCUGGGGAGCCGCGCGCGGCCCCUCGCUGCCCCGUGGUGGCGCCCUGGGGGCCGCGCGCCACCCGUGGAACCGCGCGCGGCCCCUCGCUGCCCCGUGGUGGCGCCCUGGGGAGCACGCGCGGCCCCCGCCCUGCUCGUCGCGGCGCCCUGGGGAGCACUCGUGGCCCCCGCCCUUCACGUCGCGGCGCCCUAGGGAGCCGCGCGCGGCCCCUCGCUGCCCCGUGGUGGCGCCCUGGGGGCUGCGCGCCACCCCUGGAGCCGCGCGCGGCCCCUCGCUGCCCCGUGGUGGCGCCCUGGGGAGCACGCGCGGCCCCCGCCCUGCUCGUCGCGGCGCCCUGGGGAGCACGCGCGGCCCCCGCCCUUCACGUCGCGGCGCCCUGGGGAGCCGCGCGCGGCCCUUCGCUGCCCCGUGGUGGCGCCUUGGGGAGCACGCGCGGCCCCCGCCCUGCUCGUCGCGGCGCCCUGGGGAGCACGCGCGGCCCCCGCCCUUCACGUCGCGGCGCCCUAGGGAGCCGCGCGCGGCCCCUUGCUGCCCCGUGGUGGCGCCCUGGGGGCCGCGCGCCACCCCUGGAGCCGCGCGCGGCCCCUCGCUGCCCCGUGGUGGCGCCCUGGGGAGCACGCGCGGCCCCCGCCCUGCUUGUCGCGGCGCCCUGGGGAGCACGCGCGGCCCCCGCCCUUCACGUCGCGGCGCCCUGGGGAGCCGCGCGCGGCCCCUCGCUGCCCCGUGGUGGCGCCCUGGGGGCCGCGCGCCACCCCUGGAGCCGCGCGCGGCCCCUCGCUGCCCCGUGGUGGCGCCCUGGGGAGCACGCGCGGCCCCCGCCCUGCUCGUCGCGGCGCCCUGGGGAGCACGCGUGGCCCCCGCCCUGCUCGUCGCGGCGCCCUGGGGAGCCGCGCGUGGCCCCUCGCUGCCCCGUGGUGGCGCCCUGGGGGCCGCGCGCCACCCCUGGAGCCGCGCGCGGCCCCUCGCUGCCCCGUGGUGGCGCCCUGGGGAGCACGCGCGGCCCCCGCCCUGCUCGUCGCGGCGCCCUGGGGAGCACGCGCGGCCCCCGCCCUUCACGUCGCGGCGCCCUGGGGAGCCGCUCGCGGCCCCUCGCUGCCCCGUGGUGGCGCCCUGGGGGCCGCGCGCCACCCCUGGAGCCGCGCGCGGCCCCUCGCUGCCCCGUGGUGGCGCCCUGGGGAGCACGCGCGGCCCCCGCCCUGCUCGUCGCGGCGCCCUGGGGAGCACGCGCGGCCCCCGCCCUUCACGUCACGGCGCCCUAGGGAGCCGCGCGCGGCCCCUUGCUGCCCCGUGGUGGCGCCCUGGGGGCCGCGCGCCACCCCUGGAUCCGCGCGCGGCCCCUCGCUGCCCCGUGGUGGCGCCCUGGGGAGCACGCGCGGCCCCCGCCCUGCUCGUCGCGGCGCCCUGGGGAGCACGCGCGGCCCCCGCCCUUCACGUCGCGGCGCCCUGGGGAGCCGCGCGCGGCCCCUCGCUGCCCCGUGGUGGCGCCCUGGGGGCCGCGCGCCACCCCUGGAGCCGCGCGCGGCCCCUCGCUGCCCCGUGGUGGCGCCCUGGGGAGCACGCGCGGCCCCCGCCCUGCUCGUCGCGGCGCCCUGGGGAGCACGCGCGGCCCCCGCCCUUCACGUCGCGGCGCCCUGGGGAGCCGCGCGCGGCCCCUCGCUGCCCCGUGGUGGCGCCCUGGGGGCCGCGCGCCACCCCUGGAGCCGCGCGCGGCCCCUCGCUGCCCCGUGGUGGCGCCCUGGGGAGCACGCGCGGCCCCCGCCCUGCUCGUCGCGGCGCCCUGGGGAGCACGCGCGGCCCCCGCCCUUCACGUCGCGGCGCCCUAGGGAGCCGCGCGCGGCCCCUUGCUGCCCCGUGGUGGCGCCCUGGGGGCCGCGCGCCACCCCUGGAUCCGCGCGCGGCCCCUCGCUGCCCCGUGGUGGCGCCCUGGGGAGCACGCGCGGCCCCCGCCCUGCUCGUCGCGGCGCCCUGGGGAGCACGCGCGGCCCCCGCCCUUCACGUCGCGGCCCCUCGCUGCCCCGUGGUGGCGCCCUGGGGGCCGCGCGCCACCCCUGGAUCCGCGCGCGGCCCCUCGCUGCCCCGUGGUGGCGCCCUGGGGAGCACGCGCGGCCCCCGCCCUGCUCGUCGCGGCGCCCUGGGGAGCACGCGCGGCCCCCGCCCUUCACGUCGCGGCGCCCUGGGGAGCCGCGCGCGGCCCCUCGCUGCCCCGUGGUGGCGCCCUGGGGGCCGCGCGCCACCCCUGGAGCCGCGCGCGGCCCCUCGCUGCCCCGUGGUGGCGCCCUGGGGAGCACGCGCGGCCCCCGCCCUGCUCGUCGCGGCGCCCUGGGGAGCACGCGCGGCCCCCGCCCUUCACGUCGCGGCGCCCUGGGGAGCCGCGCGCGGCCCCUCGCUGCCCCGUGGUGGCGCCCUGGGGGCCGCGCGCCACCCCUGGAGCCGCGCGCGGCCCCUCGCUGCCCCGUGGUGGCGCCCUGGGGAGCACGCGCGGCCCCCGCCCUGCUCGUCGCGGCGCCCUGGGGAGCACGCGUGGCCCCCGCCCUGCUCGUCGCGGCGCCCUGGGGAGCCGCGCGUGGCCCCUCGCUGCCCCGUGGUGGCGCCCUGGGGGCCGCGCGCCACCGCUGGAGCCGCGCGCGGCCCCUCGCUGCCCCGUGGUGGCGCCCUGGGGAGCACGCGCGGCCCCCGCCCUGCUCGUCGCGGCGCCCUAAGGAGCACGCGUGGCCCCCGCCCUGCUCGUCGCGGCGCCCUGGGGAGCCGCGCGUGGCCCCUCGCUGCCCCGUGGUGGCGCCCUGGGGGCCGCGCGCCACCCCUGGAGCCGCGCGCGGCCCCUCGCUGCCCCGUGGUGGCGCCCUGGGGAGCAUGCGCGGCCCCCGCCCUGCUCGUCGCGGCGCCCUGGGGAGCACGCGCGGCCCCCGCCCUUCACGUCGCGGCGCCCUGGGGAGCCGCGCGCGGCCCCUCGCUGCCCCGUGGUGGCGCCCUGGGGGCCGCGCGCCACCCCUGGAGCCGCGCGCGGCCCCUCGCUGCCCCGUGGUGGCGCCCUGGGGAGCACGCGCGGCCCCCGCCCUGCUCGUCGCGGCGCCCUGGGGAGCACGCGCGGCCCCCGCCCUUCACGUCACGGCGCCCUAGGGAGCCGCGCGCGGCCCCUUGCUGCCCCGUGGUGGCGCCCUGGGGGCCGCGCGCCACCCCUGGAUCCGCGCGCGGCCCCUCGCUGCCCCGUGGUGGCGCCCUGGGGAGCACGCGCGGCCCCCGCCCUGCUCGUCGCGGCGCCCUGGGGAGCACGCGCGGCCCCCGCCCUUCACGUCGCGGCGCCCUGGGGAGCCGCGCGCGGCCCCUCGCUGCCCCGUGGUGGCGCCCUGGGGGCCGCGCGCCACCCCUGGAGCCGCGCGCGGCCCCUCGCUGCCCCGUGGUGGCGCCCUGGGGAGCACGCGCGGCCCCCGCCCUGCUCGUCGCGGCGCCCUGGGGAGCACGCGUGGCCCCCGCCCUUCACGUCGCGGCGCCCUGGGGAGCCGCGCGCGGCCCCUCGCUGCCCCGUGGUGGCGCCCUGGGGAGCACGCGCGGCCCCCGCCCUGCUCGUCGCGGCGCCCUGGGGAGCACGCGUGGCCCCCGCCCUUCACGUCGCGGCGCCCUGGGGAGCCGCGCGCGGCCCCUCGCUGCCCCGUGGUGGCGCCCUGGGGGCCGCGCGCCACCCCUGGAGCCGCGCGCGGCCCCUCGCUGCCCCGUGGUGGCGCCCUGGGGAGCACGCGCGGCCCCCGUCCUGCUCGUCGCGGCGCCCUGGGGAGCACGCCCGCGCGCGGCCCCUCGCUGCCCCGUGGUGGCGACCUGGGGAGCACGCGCGGCCCCCGCCCUGCUCGUCGCGGCGCCCUGGGGAGCACGCGCGGCCCCCGCCCUUCACGUCGCGGCGCCCUGGGGAGCCGCGCGCGGCCCCUCGCUGCCCCGUGGUGGCGCCCUGGGGGCCGCGCGCCACCCCUGGAGCCGCGCGCGGCCCCUCGCUGCCCCGUGGUGGCGCCCUGGGGAGCACGCGCGGCCCCCGCCCUGCUCGUCGCGGCGCCCUGGGGAGCACGCGCGGCCCCCGCCCUUCACGUCGCGGCGCCCUGGGGAGCCGCGCGCGGCCCCUCGCUGCCCCGUGGUGGCGCCCUGGGGGCCGCGCGCCACCCCUGGAGCUGCGCGCGGCCCCUCGCUGCCCUGUGGUGGCACCCUGGGGAGCACGCGCGGCCCCCGCCCUGCUCGUCGCGGCGCCCUGGGGAGCAUGCGCGGCCCCCGCCCUUCACGUCGCGGCGCCCUAGGGAGCCGCGCGCGGCCCCUCGCUGCCCCGUGGUGGCGCUCUGGGGAGCACGCGCGGCCCCCACCCUGCUCGUCGCGGCGCCCUGGGGAGCACGCGCGGCCCCCGCCCUUCACGUCGCGGCGCCCUGGGGAGCCGCGCGCGGCCCCUCGCUGCUCCGUGGUGGCGCCCUGGGGGCCGCGCGCCACCCCUGGAGCCGCGCGCGGCCCCUCGCUGCCCCGUGGUGGCGCCCUGGGGAGCACGUGCGGCCCCCGCCCUGCUCGUCGCGGCGCCCUGGGGAGCACGCGCGGCCCCCGCCCUUCACGUCGCGGCGCCCUGGGGAGCCGCGCGCGGCCCCUCGCUGCCCCGUGGUGGCGCCCUGGGGGCCGCGCGCCACCCCUGGAGCCGCGCGCGGCCCCUCGCUGCCCCGUGGUGGCGCCCUGGGGAGCACGCGCGGCCCCCGCCCUGCUCGUCGCGGCGCCCUGGGGAGCACGCGCGGCCCCCGCCCUUCACGUCGCGGCGCCCUGCAGAGCCGCGCGCGGCCCCUCGCUGCCCCGUGGUGGCGCCCUGGAGAGCACGCGCGGCCCCCGCCCUGCUCGUCGCGGCGCCCUGGGGAGCACGCGCGGCCCCCGCCCUUCACGUCGCGGCGCCCAAGGGAGCCGCGCGCGGCCCCUCGCUGCCCCGUGGUGGCGCCCUGGGGGCCGCGCGCCACCCCUGGAGCCGCGCGCGGCCCCUCGCUGCCCCGUGGUGGCGCCAUGGGGAGCACGCGCGGCCCCCGCCCUGCUCGUCGCGGCGCCCUGGGGAGCACGCGCGGCCCCCGCCCUUCACGUCGCGGCGCCCUGGGGAGCCGCGCGCGGCCCCUCGCUGCCCCGUGGUGGCGCCCUGGGGGCCGCGCGCCACCCCUGGAGCCGCGCGCGGCCCCUCGCUGCCCCGUCGUGGCGCCCUGGGCAGCACGCGCGGCCCCCGCCCUGCUCGUCGCGGCGCCCUGGGGAGCACGCGCGGCCCCCGCCCUUCACGUCGCGGCGCCCUGGGGAGCCGCGCGCGGCCCCUCGCUGCCCCGUGGUGGCGCCCUGGGGGCCGCGCGCCACCCCUGGAGCCGCGCGCGGCCCCUCGCUGCCCCGUGGUGGCGCCCUGGGGAGCACGCGCGGCCCCCGCCCUGCUCGUCGCGGCGCCCUGGGGAGCACGCGCGGCCCCCGCCCUUCACGUCGCGGCGCCCUGGGGAGCCGCGCGCGGCCCCUCGCUGCCCCGUGGUGGCGCCCUGGGGGCCGCGCGCCACCCCUGGAGCCGCGCGCGGCCCCUCGCUGCCCCGUGGUGGCGCCCUGGGGAGCACGCGCGGCCCCCGCCCUGCACGUCGCGGCGCCCUGGGGAGCACGCGCGGCCCCCGCCCUUCACGUCGCUGCGCCCUGGGGAGCCGCGCGCGGCCCCUCGCUGCCCCGUGGUGGCGCCCUGGGGGCCGCGCGCCACCCCUGGAGCCGCGCGCGGCCCCUCGCUGCCCCGUGGUGGCGCCCUGGGGAACACGCGCGGCCCCCGCCCUGCUCGUCGCGGCGCCCUGGGGAGCACGCGCGGCCCCCGCCCUUCACGUUGCGGCGCCCUGCGGAGCCGCGCGCGGCCCCUCGCUGCCCCGUGGUGGCGCCCUGGGGAGCACGCGCGGCCCCCGCCCUGCUCGUCGCGGCGCCCUGGGGAGCACGCGCGGCCCCCGCCCUUCACGUCGCGGCGCCCUGGGGAGCCGCGCGCGGCCCCUCGCUGCCCCGUGGUGGCGCCCUGGGGGCCGCGCGCCACCCCUGGAGCCGCGCGCGGCCCCUCGCUGCCCCGUGGUGGCGCCCUGGGGAGCACGCGCGGCCCUCGCCCUGCUCGUCGCGGCGCCCUGGGGAGCACGCGCGGCCCCCGCCCUUCACGUCGCGGCGCCCUGGGGAGCCGCGCGCGGCCCCUCGCUGCCCCGUGGUGGCGCCCUGGGGGCCGCGCGCCACCCCUGGAGCCGCGCGCGGCCCCUCGCUGCCCUGUGCUGGUGCCUUGGGGAGCACGCGCGGCCCCCGCCCUGCUCGUCGCGGCGCCCUGGGGAGCACGCGCGGCCCCCGCCCUUCACGUCGCGGCGCCCUGGGGAGCCGCGCGCGGCCCCUCGCUGCCCCGUGGUGGCGCCUUGGGGGCCGCGCGCCACCCCUGGAGCCGCGCGCGGCCCCUCGCUGCCCCGUGGUGGCGCCCUGGGGAGCACGCGCGGCCCCCGCCCUGCUCGUCGCGGCGCCCUGGGGAGCACGCGCGGCCCCCGCCCUUCACGUCGCGGCGCCCUGGGGAGCCGCGCGCGGCCCCUCGCUGCCCCGUGGUGGCGCCCUGGGGGCCGCGCGCCACCCCUGGAGCCGCGCGCGGCCCCUCGCUGCCCCGUGGUGGCGCCCUGGGGAGCACGCGCGGCCCCCGCCCUGCUCGUCGCAGCGCCCUGGGGAGCACGCGCGGCCCCCGCCCUUCACGUCGCCGCGCCCUGGGGAGCCGCGCGCGGCCCCUCGCUGCCCCGUGGUGGCGCCCUGGGGGCCGCGCGCCACCCCUGGAGCCGCGCGCGGCCCCUCGCUGCCCCGUGGUGGUGCCUAG